AUGGUUCCGAUCUUAGGAGAAAAAUUUUCCUUCACGUGGAUAGAGUACCUAUUUUGCUUUGGAGAAAUGAGUUUUUCGCUGUGCAAAUGUCGUUAUAGUGGUAAGUUUAGACCUUAUUUAGUAGAUAGUGUACUGAAAAUAGAAAGUAAAGUUUGUGACCAUCGUUGCACGAGGGUACUCGCUACAAUGAUUUAGACGGGGACGCUCCGCUCCAAAAGGGAAGCUUUUUCAGGCUUCAGGUAUAUGAAAGGUUACGAAUUUGACUUGUGAAGUUUGUGAAAGCGUAGGGAAAUGUGUCAUAGGUGGAACCGAUGAAUUUCAUGGUUUUAUAAAGUUGCGAAAGCGUCCUAUUUUUGUCAUGGAUUCCUAUUGAAAGGACAGUGCAUUUACAGCAGGUAAAAGGGGUGCAAAGUUCCAAGCAAGGUAUGUGAAAAGGGUACCAUUUUUUGUGUAAAAAUUGUAUCUGUACGGGCUUGGAGGUAGGGGCCGAGCCUCCCUGUAUGGAAAUUUGUUGUGUGAUACAUAAAAUCAGAGCUGUGAGACAAACCAAUGAAUAUCUCUCCUGAGCAUUAUUUUUGAAUUUGCAAGAAGCAUGCAGGGGCAAAGUUUGAGAAGCUGUUAGGCUGAACAGUUUUCGAAAACCCGAAUUUCAAUCCGUUUCAAUCUUGUUUAGUUUUGUCCAUCUGUGGCAUCUGUUGUUUCUGUUAUGUUAUUUUAACCUUCCUUUUUAAGCAGUUAUUUUUAUGUUUCUGUUAAUGUAAUGGGCAUUUUGUAAUGUGCUAAUUUGGCUGAAUUUUGUGAGACAGAUGCUUUCAUUUAGACAAUCUGUGAGUGACAAAAAUAUCUAGUAGGAAACAUUUGUCUAUUAGAAUCAUCCUUGUGUUUCAAACAAAGGGAAACAAUUUGCUAGUGGUCUGAUCAGUUUUCUAGUGAAAAAAAAUAUUACUAGCAAAAGCUGCAAGUGUACGAAAAAAAUUAACUUCAAAACCCUCCGCUAUGUCCUGGGGAUUGGGGAGACUGUGAUUUCAAUUGAGUGGUGGAUAAGGAAGAUAUUUAUUUAGUAUUACCUUGUGUGUGCACCUUUUGCAGCGCUUCAGCUUGUUAUCUGUAUAGAAGUAAAAAUAGAAAAUACUUGAUUAUUGGGUUAGCAACAGUGAAAAGUGACAUUUUUUGUGAGUGGUGAUAUGCAAAUGCAUAUAAACAAGAAAGUUUAAGUGGAUAGAAAUUUCCUUUAUCUGUAAAUGGUAUGAAAUAAUAUUCAUUAACAACUAAAUGAUUGGAUAAUUCAAUUGUAGAGUCUUGAUUGGCUUAGCAAUGAUUCUAUGAGAAGGACAAAUGCUACCUGUAAUGAAGGUGAAAAGGAAGACAAGUGGAAAAGAUGUGAGCAGGAACAGGUACAAGAGUUUCUUGAUAAGUAGUGUAAUUUGGAAGUUUCAGGGUGUCAUGUAAAACAAUAAUAAAAAUUGCAAAGAAUUGGCACCAUUAAUUUUGGGAAAGUAGUUUUCCACGCACUGCCCAAUUGGUUGGAAAUUACUGGUUUCAAACUCCCCUCCCCCUUAGAAUUUGCAAUGAUCUUUUGCCACAAGUGUGGUAAAAAGGCAUAAUUUUUGUUUGAGUAAUGAAGGUUGGAAGAUAUAGUGAAUAGGAAAUACCAUACAUUGUGUAUUAAACCCGCUCCCUUUAACAAGGCACUCCUUCCCUUUCAGGAAGAGAAAGUUGAUAAGGUGGCCACUGUAUUAUAUCAGUCCCCUCUUUAGCUGUGUUAAAUAUUCAUGGCAAAUAAAUGAUAGACUGUAUUAAUAAGUCACUACUGUAAAACAUCGUGUGGACUGAUGUGUCAUGGUUUGUUUAGGAAUUGCAAGUUUGGAUUUAAUUGUGAUUCUUGCAUUGCAUUGCACGGAGAAGUGAUGUGAUUGCCCUUUUGAAAUGAAAUAAGCCCCCUCUCAAAUAAGCGCCCUCUCAUCAAGUGGGCUUGAAUAAAUAAGGCCCCAAAAGGGCCUUAAUAGAGGAUUUACGGUAUGUGAUUUCACAAACGAAUGUAACUGAUAUGUACAAUUUGAGAGAGUAAAAUAAGACUCAAUGUGAUUAAAAGUAUGGAAAAUGUUUACUCACAAGAUGCUUUUUCAUAGCCUUCACUACCAAUUAAGCGCCUCAGGGCUAUAAGUGGAAAAUGCAUUUGAUCAAUAACAGGACAAAUUUAUGGAAGCUUAUUUAUGUGUUUCUUUUUUAUUUUGUAAGGCAACGUUGAACAUGUGAUGUUGGACAACAUUCUUAGGGGUAAGUAUAAAUUAUUCUUCUGUAUAUCAGAAUUAUCUUCACUAUUGAUACUCUUGUUUCUUUCAUGUAGAUUGAGAAAUAGAAAUUCUGAUUGAUGACGAUGAGUGUAAAAGGAAAGAGUUUUCAAGAGUGUGAAGCAUUUGUUCUCACGUGUUUUUUCUGAGCACUUUCAUGUCUGAAGAAAGACUACUGAAGAAAUAACACCUACAUUUUGUAACAAAGUUGAGUCAUUGUACUCAAAUAGAAUAACUUUAUAGAAGAAAACAAUCUGGAUCUCUUCCCUUUCCGUCUAUUCAAACUGGAGUGUCAGUUGAGAGCAGUUAUUUUCUUCUUGUCUUCAGGAUAAUAUUAAAUUAAUCUUUCAAAAUGGUUUAAGUAAAAAGUAGGAAAUAUUUUUAUUAUCAGAUUGUUCAUUAUUUUAGGUAGUGUAGGAAAGCAACAGACGUUGUAAGAAGGCAAUAUAUGUGACUGUGCAUAUUGUUAUUUUGUGUAUCAAAUUGUACUAAAUUCAUAUUUACCAAGGGGUACUCGCCUAGACUGUGAGACACGGAAUCUGUUGGAAAAUUACAAAGUAAAUUAUUAUUAAUGACUUACAGUCAUAUUUUUUAGCUCAGUAUUUCAGUUUGAUCUACAAUUUGUUGACAAAGUUGGUAUAUACUUGUUUGGAGAACAGUAAUAUCAGUAGUUUAAGGAGUACUGAUAAAUUGCUUUACCUGUUGUUGUUGGUGUAGUUUCACUAGUUUGUACCCCAUGUCUGUGAAAAAGAAUUAUUAAAAAGUUGUGUUUAAGGCUCAUUUUAUACUGUGAAAAAUUGUCUAACAGGACUUAAACGUUUUCUAUAGAUAAUAUGAUAACGAAUUGUUAUUAACAGAUAGACAUGAAAGACAUCUACUAUAAAAAUGGGUUCUGUUAACUUUAAUUAUUUACCAUAGGUAGGUAAUGGGAUUAUUGUUUCUGUAGUACAUUUUUGGGAGGUGAGUUGUGUUAGAAAAAGUGGCAAAGCCACAAGGGAAAGUCCUGCCUGCCAUAUUUCUUAUGAGUUUUGAAUGCUCCUUAAUUUUGUCACCUUUGUUGGAACGAUUUGAUUACCCAAUCAAGAAGGGUGGUAUAAUAGGAAACUGAUCUGGAAACGAGGCAGGUCAAGUGUAACAAUUAACUCAUGGAUAAAAAGAAUGACAUCUUGGAAGUUAUUUAAGAUACAGGCAGGGUAUUCUGUAGUUACUUUAAACAUUAGAAACUAAAACUUUUAUUCAACGGCGAUUUAGGUGCCAAAAAAAUUUUUCUCGUUCAAAAGAGGUCAAAGAAUCUCUAAAUUUCUUGAGAGGUCAAAUUCUGCGUCAUGACGAAAACCAGAAGAAAUCAGUGCUAGAAUGGACAGGAAACAUAUUGAUCAGCCUCAUUAAUAAAGUCUCAAUUUGCAAAUAUAAUGUUUGCUCAGUGUAAAGGAAGAAUAAUUCUUCUUAUUGUGUAUAGCAUACUGUACCCGUUUAAAUUUUCUAAGCUAUGAGUAUUGUCAAGCUCUCUUUUGAUGUUGAGGUGGGAUUGAUCAGGCACUUUGCAGUGCAUGACAAAGAUGUCGUCUGAUGUGCUUUUGUUAAAUAGGCAAUUCUCUGUUUUAAAACAAGAUUAGCUAGUUUCAAUUGUUUUUUAAUGAAGGAUAACAGAAGAUGUGUCUUGAACAUUGACAUGUACUUGGCAUCAAAAAAUGCCUUUCUAGAAUUUUUUCAAACACAAAUCUUAUUAAGGAGUGGAGCUUGUUUAUACGUUGCUCAAUUUCAUUUGAUUUCUGCAUUAACGUGGUAACUUUUCCUUGGGAGAUAGUAGACAUACUUGGUGUUUUAUCAUUUCUGAGCAAAUCAGAAACUCCCAUAAGCCUGGUUGCACAGUAUUCGAAUAGCCCAAGAAUUGUGGCAGGUGGGAUUUCAAAUAAACUUGUAUUCACUGUUCUUGCAGCUUUGGUGCCAAACAGCACUCCCAUGUUAAUCCUG